AACUGGUGGUGCCGGAACGAAUGAGAUGGACUCAGCUCUGAGAAGGUUACUAUCUACUGAAGGGAAACGGAUGUCAUGAAGCAUGGAGAGAAGGAAGAUGAAGAAAUUAACGUGAAGAUUUUACAGAGAGAAGGGACUGGGAUUUGCACUGUGGUGGAGACCCUGGAGUAGGCAGUCAUAGCACCAGGCGGUGGAGCUGAAUGCACUGUGCAUGUUCGGUUCAGAUACAGCCUCCAACCCACAGAGGAGACUCUCCAAGGAGCUGAAGGUGCAAGCCUGAUUCAAUUCCUCACCUUCCUUCCCCAGAUAUAACCACUGUCAAGAAUCAGGCCUUGCUGACAACUUCUCACUGGAGGGCCACUCAACAUCCCACAUCACGCCGUGUAUGAAGAGCAGGCUUUGGUCCCCACCCAACAACAUCCUUGCAAAGUGGUUUCUCAAGGCUGGCCUGGAACCAUGAAGCUGAGUCACAUCUGUCCACAGCUGCUGCCGCUCCCGUCCUGGGGCACCAAGGUCUGAACGAAGCUGGCAAGGACCAGCCCUACCCCCUUGGAGGAAAUGGCUGAGCAGCCCCGGCAACAGCAGAUGAAAACUUCCUUCCUCUACACCCAGCUGCAGGCCCCCCCUGCCCCAGCUCUCCCCGCCCAGUCUCCAGCCGCUGUGGCCUGGACAGCAGCCCCAGGGGGCCUGGAGGAGGGACACGUUUUCCCCAGUCCCGGGACCGGCUUCUUGGCAGGCUGGGGCCUCAGGCGCACACAAGGCUUGGCCGCUCCCCCUGCUAGCCGGCAGAAGGAAGGGCCUGGGAGGGAGCGGCCAGCUGCUUUCGUUUGCUCUGCCCCGAAGGAGCAGGAGGCAAAGGAGAGAGCCCGGGAUGGGACGGUGAGGACCUGGGGCGUGUGCGGCUCCCUGCAUCGCAGGUGGUGCCUGAGCCCUGACACUCAGAGCUGUGGGCGGCGGCCGCCCCUGCCAGGCAGGCUGCCCAGCACGGUGCCUGUCAUGAGCGAUGGUCCCAGCGACCCCUCUGCAGGCUGGAAUUACUGGCCGGUCACUCCUGCCCUCCGGGACCUGUCGGGGAGAGAGCUCCGGCCCAGGGAUGCCUCGGGAUGCUCGAUCCCACAGGCCACCUUGGCCCAGGCUGCCGACGGGGGCUACCAGGCUGUGCCGAGAGGUGCGGCAGCCUGCCAGGUGCCCCCACUGAACUGUGAAGACGGUCCAGGUACCAGGGGUCAAGGGAAAAGGGCACAGCUCUGCAGAUACUGCCCGCGCGUUCAGACCAGCCAGAGCUACCCGGCCCUGCCUGCCGCUCAGCCUCUCAAGGCAGAGACGUUUGUUUGGGCUAACAGUGCAUCAGCACAUUCCCAGAGCGUGGCCAAGGCCAAAUACGAGUUUUUAUUUGGCAGAUCUGAGGAAAAAACUCCAGCCACUAGUGAUCAUGGAGGAAGCACUUUACUCCCGCCAAAUGUCACAAAUGAAUUUCCAGAAUAUGGGACCAUGGAGGAAGGUGGAGAAGGCCUAGGGGCUUCUCUGGAGUUUGAUGCAGAGUCUCAGCCAUGUUGCCCUCAAGGGCAGCAGGGGACCCAGGGUCUUGCCGGCCACCACUCUGUGCUGGACAGUGUUACGAAAGGACCAAAAGAUGUUAGAGAGGCCUCCUCUCAAAGUCACCUCAAGGAACAAAGUUUACAGCCCAUUGACUCUUUGAUUUCAGCUCUGAAAGCCACAGAAGCCAGAAUAGCUUCGGGAACAUUACAGGCUACAAAGGUACCAGACGGAGAUGCUGUUUCUGGCCUUUCAGUUCAGCUGGAGGAGAAAGAACCGGAUACUGCCCUUCAUAGGACACAGAGAGCCAAGAAACCAUUUCCUGCUGGCCAAGAGCAAUCACCAGAUAUACCUCUUUCAGCUGACGUGACAAGCGAGGAUCGUUUUGAUUUGAGCAUCCAGAAGGAUCUGACAGCUCUGUUAACUGGAAAAACUCAGGCAGAACUUUCCCAGAUAACUGAGAAUGGUCAGCGAGGGGUGCUCUGUGCGCAGGCACCAGCUUGCCCUGUGUCCUCCCCGGGGAACGCCGCAGUGAUCCACAGCUCUGCGGGCAGCAUUGGCUUUCUGAAAGAGGAGAGGUCUCAUGUUGGGGGAGAGCACCCCAGGGUAUAUGACCGAGGCAGCUCCAUGGGACGCUCAGGCCGGGUCAAACAUGUGGAGUUUCAAGGGGUGGAGAUUUUGUGGACAGGAGAGAAGAAAGAAACUCAGCAUCCGGCAGAUUUUGAGACCUCGCUGGAAAGGACAGCUUCUCCUGGAAGCAGAGAGUUUUCCCAAGUGCCAAGCCAUUGCAUCCCAUCUGCUGGGGGGUGCAGCUCCGUUAGGGAAACCACGAGUGUUUGGGAUGCAACCUGGAAGGGUCCUGCACAGAGACCUGGAACUAGCUCAGGGACGGUCUCUCCCGUGCCUCUCGCUGAGAGUGGAGAGGAUGAGGUCUUCCUCAAGGACAGCAGACAGCAUCUCGAGAAGAAAUCUGAACUGGAGAGAGACCAGAACAGGAUCCUUGAGCAAGAGGAGCACCUUAGGGGAGGAGAAGACGACGUCCUCGGGCCCGGCUAUACCGAGGACUCCACUGACGUGUACAGCUCCCAGUUCGAAACCAUCCUGGACAACACGUCCUUGUACUACAGCGCAGAGUCGUUGGAGACGCUGUACUCGGAGCCAGACAGCUACUUCAGCUUCGAGCUGCCCCUCACGCCCAUGAUUCAGCAGCGCAUUAAGGAAGGCGGGCAGUUCUUGGAGAGGACGUCGGCAGGAGAGCAGCAGGAUGUCCUGAGCGUCUCGUCGGAUGGCGGCAUCGUGAUGGGCUAUUCUACUGGGGUCACCAACGGGCUGAACGACGCCAGCGACACCCUCCACACGAGAGGCAGCCCUGAGCUUGCUUUCUGGGGCAGCAAUGUUGGGGUAAAGACAACACGACUAGACGAUCAUUCUGAAAUGGGGAGCACUGAGAUUCUGGAAAAGGAGGCCUCAGAAAGUCUCAGUAAUGGUACCAGCAGCAACGUGGAAGCAGCCAAAAGGUUGGCCAAGCGCCUUUACCAACUCGACAGGUUCAAGAGGUCGGAUGUCGCUAAGCACCUCGGCAAGAACAACGAAUUUAGUAAACUCGUGGCAGAAGAGUAUCUGAAGUUUUUUGAUUUUACAGGAAUGACGCUGGAUCAGUCUCUCAGGUAUUUCUUUAAAGCAUUUUCUCUUGCGGGAGAAACUCAAGAACGAGAGAGAGUCUUAAUACACUUCUCCAAUAGAUAUUUUUAUUGUAACCCCAAUACCAUUGCUUCACAAGAUGGAGUCCAUUGCCUCACCUGUGCAAUGAUGCUUCUUAACACGGAUUUACACGGCCAUAAUAUUGGGAAGAAGAUGACCUGCCAGGAGUUUAUUGCGAACCUCCAAGGGGUCAAUGAGGGCGUGGAUUUCUCCAAGGAUCUGCUGAAAGCUCUAUACAACUCAAUCAAAAAUGAGAAGCUUGAAUGGGCAGUAGAUGACGAAGAGAAAAAAAAGUCUCCCACAGAAGGUACUGAUGAGAAGGCUAAUGGAACACACCCAAAGACCAUCAGUCGUAUUGGGAGCACUACCAACCCAUUCUUGGACAUUCCUCAUGAUCCAAAUGCUGCUGUAUACAAAAGUGGAUUUUUGGCUCGGAAAAUCCAUGCAGAUAUGGAUGGAAAGAAGACUCCAAGAGGAAAGCGAGGAUGGAAAACAUUUUAUGCCGUACUGAAGGGAACAGUUCUUUACUUGCAAAAGGAUGAAUACAAGCCAGAAAAAGCCUUGUCUGAAGAGGACCUGAAAAACGCAGUGAGUGUGCACCACGCCCUGGCGUCGAAGGCCACGGACUAUGAGAAGAAGCCGAACGUGUUCAAACUGAAAACCGCCGACUGGAGGGUCUUGCUUUUUCAAGCCCAGAGUCCAGAGGAAAUGCAAGGGUGGAUAAACAAAAUUAACUGUGUGGCAGCUGUGUUUUCUGCACCACCAUUCCCGGCAGCCAUCGGCUCACAGAAGAAGUUUAGCCGCCCACUCCUGCCUGCCACAACAACAAAAUUGUCUCAGGAGGAGCAGCUGAAAUCUCACGAAAGCAAGCUAAAACAGAUCACCACGGAGCUGGCGGAACAUCGCUCAUAUCCUCCCGACAAGAAAGUGAAAGCCAAGGACGUAGACGAAUACAAACUGAAAGAUCACUAUCUGGAGUUUGAGAAAACCCGUUAUGAAAUCUACGUGAGCAUCCUGAAGGAAGGAGGCAAGGAGCUCCUGAGUAACGAGGAAACCGAGGCUGCGGGGCUGAAGAAGUCGCAUUCAAGUCCCUCGCUGAACCCAGAUUCAUCUCCCAUCACUGCCAAGGUCAAGCGCAACGUGUCCGAGAGGAAGGAUCACCGACCUGAAACGCCAGGCAUUAAGCAAAAAGUUACUUAGAAACCAUCCGUGGCCAGGAAGUGCUGGUCAUGGAGCUAAAUAGGGUUUUUCAAGAUCUUUCUGGUAAUCCGUGAAUAUAUUUAAAAAAAAAAAAAAGUCUGUGACUAAAUGGUGCAUUAGUAUCUUUUCUAUUGUGUAUUUUCGUUAGUUUCUGUGCAGAUUGUCUUUGCUCUAGAUUUCUUUGCUUUGACAAUUUUUGCAAUUCAAUAACUAAUGCACCUUUUUUUGUGAGGGGGAGGGCAUCACGAUUUCAGGACGGAUUAUGUCUCCCUCCUCUGAUUUUCUCUUGUUUGCACUCUGCUCAGUUGUUUUAUGUAUUCUCAGAUCAGCUGUUAUACUUUUUUUUUUUAAGGUUAAAAAACUGAAUCCAUUGUGAAACACUUAACUGGACAAACUUUGUAGUUUAGUAGAUUCUAGCCAGAGUUGCUACAAGCCUUUGUCUGUGAAGUCUCGCCCAGUCACAGAGGGGGGAUCGAGCUCCCAGAUGCUCGGGUCAGGGUGACAGUGCUGGGGGUGCAGACGCUGCCAUGCGAAGCAGCUCUGCUGACACGGAGCGCCCAGCUCUGACCUGCUGGAAGCAAGGAAAAGGGGCGUGAAGAUCACAGGACUGCAGGACGCAGAGAAGCUAAUAGUUGGCUUGAAGUGUGGGGAUUCCAUUUCAGUCACACAAGGGAGAGAGGAAGUGGAGUCACUUGGCCGUCGAAGGUGGAGGGCAGGUUGCUGCCAUGUUGUUUUCUGAAGAGUGGUGGCAGUAAUCGGCCCUGAAGGAGCUUGCAAUGAUAGGCAUGUGUUUGUCUGCAAGAAGUCAUUACCUCACUCCCACGGGGUCUAGACUAGGAAUCCAGAAUUAUCGCUGUCAUUGACACCUUUUCAUGCAGGAGAAGGUUCUUCUUUAAUAUAUGUAUACAUAUAUAUAUUUAUUUAUACAUGAACAUGGGGUUAUCUCCUGUUUAUCAGACCAUGGGGGAGUCUGUCUUUCUAACAAAACAAUGUUGAAAAUGGAACCCCUUUUGUUCUUUCCUUAAGUCAACAAAAAUGAAGGGAGGAAAAAGUAGCUGCACUUGUCCAGAUGUUGAUUUUUUUUUUUUAAGUCAAUCUGAGAGGGUUAGUCUGAGUGAGCUGGGUUGGAAAAUAGGGGCCUGCUGAUGGCAUGUGCAAAGCUUCUUAGUUCGUUCUUGUCCUAGUCUCUUUGUUAAUCACUUCACUCUGUUCCUCCUGAACUUUCUCCUGAAAAUGAAUACUUCAUUGUUUUUUUACCUCAUUUUUAUCUACUCAGAAGAGUUCCAUUAACCUACAGCCAGGCACUUGUUCCCAUGACAGUCCCUUCGAACUUCAGGGUGAUAAACAGAGGGAGAGAAGGGUGUAGACGUUCAGCCCACUGUGACUUAGAACUUUCUGAUUUCUAAACCUUGACACUCUGGAAUCUCGAAAGCUAUCGUCUCCACAAACAGCACAACUUUAGAACGAAGAGAAUCACUUUGGACAUUCUUUUCCCUCCCGUAGAAAAUGUAUGUCAUUCUACUUGGUGAAUUAGUUGAAGGUACUACAACCAAAGAAUCAGCUGCUCUGCAUGAAUAGCAUGGUUCUAGUGAAUUAGGAAGGAAGAAAAACUGCUAAAAAAAAAAAAUGGUAGUUUCUAGUGGUAUAUUGUUAUGAUAUAGCAGCAUUCAUUUACAGGAUUAUUUAUUAAUGUUUACUUCUUUCACCUAGAUAAUUGUCCUCAUUGGCUAGUUCCCAGAGAAGAAUAACCCCUCUCAAAGUUGCUUACUUUGUGUGAAGUUUGAAAAACUCACUCUGACCCUCUAUCUUGUUUAUCUGAUGACAUUUAUGUUUCAGACCAUGAAACAGAGUAGUUAGCACACAGUCCAGGCACCUGAUUCAGUUCUGCAGCUUCUUACUGGAUCUAAGCAUUCCACAAGCAAGUCAUCUUUCUUCCUAGAAUCCAAAUGAUCAGCGUGUUUGUUCUCUGCCUAUAUAUUUAGAAUUAGCAGAGGGAGAAAGGUACCAAGACCAUGUCACCUAUGAAAAAUAAACGUCCCUGACUAGCUUGAAUGUGUUUUCCCACUCUGUAUGUCUGUGUAUAUAGAAUGUUUACGUGUAUUUUACUUAUAGUAUCUAAUUACGUGCAAUGGUACCUUGCGACAGUAUUUCUGAGGCACGGAGUAGUAUGGGAAUACUCAGCACCAGCACCUCUGCCCCUGCUGUUCCUGAUGUGUUACUCACUACGCUGUCUCCAGAGACGGGGAGAUAGCGAAUAGAUCACUGAAGAGAGGGCACUUUGGAAUACUUUAUCUUUAAAAACAACUUGGAAGGUUCUUUUGUGAGCCAGGACCCCAGACUGCCCUAGCAUGAAGCUGCCUAUGUUUAGGGAGUGAGUUGCAAACGGCCUCGUCGGAGGCUGCUGGCAGGUUGCUGUCUGUCAUCGGUGCCCACAGCAGGUCCCGAG